GCCCGGUUCGGAUCGGCGAGGGGAACGCGUGGGUGGGUGCCCGGAAGGGGCCUGGACGCUGCCGGGCCCGCCACACACAGCCCCAGGCGGGGCAGGCACACGCACGAGGACCAUCUCGGGCAGCUCUGAAGCCAGCCUGAGCGCCUGCAGACAGUGCCCCGGCCCAGGCGCUCCAGGCCUUGCUCUUGGGGAGGGCGACGGGUCCUGUGUCCUUUGCGCGCGUCUGAAGGCAGGACACCAGACAAGUCCCCUGGGUAGCGAAGAGGUGGCAGUUCUCAAACAGCUCUGCACCUGCGGAACUCCCUGCCCCAGGAGACUCGCAAGAACGGAGGCUUUUCUUCUACGAAGCAGUAGCACCCCUUCAUCUGGAGGGAGGAAAAGCCAGAACAUGGAUUGGUUGAGGAGCUGGGGACCAUAUCUUGCCGGACCCAGCCCUUUGCCCCAAAUCCCGGAACUUCGGAUUGUCCUCGUUGGGAAGCCGGGAGCAGGGAAGAGUGCAACAGGAAACUCCAUUCUUGGCAAGGAGGCAUUUGAGGUCGGCUCCAGAACAACCUCUUGUCACCUAGGAAUCCGGGCAUGGGAGAGGAGGCGGGUCAUCCUCAUUGACACUCCAGCUAUUCCAGAACUGGAUGGGGACAACCCCCAGACUUCCCCUGCAGUCCAGCACUGCUUCCGUCUUUCCAGGCCAGGCCCCCACGCUCUGGUGUUGGUGACCCAGCUGGGCCUUUUCACAGAGGAAGACAAGAAGGCGAUAGGCUGGGUCCAGAAGGUGUUUGGCCCCGAAGCCUUGAAGAACACCAUCCUUGUAUUUGCUGGAAAAGAUGCUCUGGGCGGCCAAACCUUGGAGGAGUAUCUCUCUGAUAACAAGGGUCAUCAGGACAUGUUUGAUGCCUGUAAUCUCCAGGGCUACGUAUUCCACAGCAAAGAGAGGGAAGAAAGUUUGGUUGAGGAACUGCUCUCCAAGGUUGAGAAGAUGGUGCUGGCAAAUUCAUACAGACCCUUCUGCAUCCUUGAAACGGCCAAGCCUCCCCAAAACCUUCCAAAGGAAAUGCAAGUUAUGGAGGUGGAAGGAGAAUGCAAAGAGAUCAUUUUGCGGGUGGAAACGGAGAACUCAAAUGCAGGAAGAGAAGGCACCCUUGCUCAGGCAGCUGCCAAUGAGAGCAUCGCCCUGCCUUUUGAGGAACCAGAGCUGCGGAUUGUCCUUGUUGGGAAGACAGGCGGAGGGAAAAGUGCGACUGGAAAUACCAUCCUUGGGGGAAAAUGUUUCGACUCCAGGCUUGACUUAAAUCUGGUCACAAAGUCUUGCCAGUUAGGAAUCAGGGAAUGGAGGGGGAAGCGAGUUGUCGUUCUUGACACACCCGCCCUUUUUGAUGCUGGAUGCCAGGAUGCUGCUGGGAGGGAGCUCUGCCUCUGCCUUUCCAGCCCAGCCCCCCGUGCUCUGGUGCUGGUGACCCAAGUGGGCCGUUUCACGGAGGAAGACCACCAGGCAGCAGAGGAAGUGAAGAAGAUAUUCGGCAGCAAGGCCCCAAAGGACAUGAUCGUCUUAUUCACACGCAGAGAAGACUUGUGCGAUGGCAGCCUGGAGGACUAUAUUUUGCACUCCGACAACCAGUGCUUUAAGGAGUUGAUCGAUGCAUGUGGCAGCCGCUACUGUGGUUUCAACAACAAGGAAACAGGGGAGAAGGCAGCAGCCCAGGCCGAACAGCUGCUUUCCAAAAUCGAGGAGAUGAUGGAGUCAGAGAACAAAAGCGAGACCUUCACGGUUAUAACAUUGGUUGAAGCUUCUGAGAAACAAACUAGAAAAAGACCCAGGGAUGAGGAGGAGGAGGAGAGCCACAAGCACGUAGACACAGAGUAGUACAAAGUGCUGCCCCAUAAUCAACAGCUUGUGGUCCAUUUCAGACCAUACAAGGGUUCUCCAAGAGCCCUGUGGGGCCUCCUGCCUGCCUGGUCUGCUCCUGGUGACAGCCAAGCUCCAUGUUUCCUUAUGUAUUGCUUAGGCUGUUCAAGCUCUGGAGGCCAUAACUGUGAUGAUUCAAUGCAAAGUACAGACUAUGGGCAUGAUCCUCCAGGAACCUCUCCUGCACAAGCCCCUUUGCAAUGAGUAGGAUUUGUGUGGGACCACAGUCUGUUACCAUGUGAACUGCAUAAGUCCACAAUGUUGACUAUCCUACCCCAUGGUGUAAGCCUUUAGUUAGGAUUUUACUCAUAUUCCUAAAUAAUUAUAAUCUUGUUUUGCUUGGCACACAUUCUAAACCAAUGAAGAACAAAUCGCAUCUUCCAACAUUGCCUGUGUUCUGUCCAUACUAGGUUAUGCAAUGAUUUUCCAAACUAAUGUUACUGAGGAAGAGCUGAGCUUGCUAAAUCAGAUAAAAAAUACUUUUAGCACAGCCCAGUUCAUUUACAAGUUAAGUGGUCUGCCAUUAAAGCACAGUUAUGUUUUCAAGGA